GAUUGUAUUUAUUGUAGAGGCAAUCAUUCGCCCAAUCCAUUUAAUCAACCCAAGUUUGUUUCUAUAGUAACAAUCAACAAUCACACAUAUUUGCAGGCGAGGCGUCUGAAAUUUCAGUUCGGUUUUAGAAUGUCGGAUGACAUCCUCGCGGAAUAGAAAAUUUGCUGUUUUAUUGGAAUGUUAAAAUCUCAGCAAUGGAGCUCAUAUCAUCCCCUAAUCCCCAUUUUAUUCCGGGCUAUACUGGGUUCUGUCCACAGUACAAGUACCGAUUAGGAGAUACUUACGGUACUACUACACAUAAAGUACUAUUAGAUCCAACAGUUUGUCAUGCAGAAAAAUUAGUAUUAUCAGAUAGAACCGCGGACGACUUCCAGACUUUCAGGCCUUCCAACCGGGAUAUUGAUAUAGUGAACGAAAGACAUGGGGAUACAAUUUACAAGCAUCCCAUAAUACCUGGAUAUGAAGGAUUCGUACCAAAGGAACAUGGAAGAUUUGGUCAAAGAUAUAGUGUACAAGCCAUAGAGGCUCUUUCCGAUUUUGAAAAGUUUCAAAUGGCUGACAGGGAAGCUCAAAAUCAGAUUACGAAAAUUGGAUAUCUUCAGAAUAAUAGCUGGGACCCAAAAACAUUAGAAGAUAAAGAGUUAGCUCAAAGUCAAUUCAAACUUCCAUUACUUGAAGUGAGACCUGAAUGUGGAGGACUUUUGAGGAAUUUGCCAGUAACAGAAGCUCCUAUAACUCCAUCAAGACAAUCACAGAGUCCUUAUUUCUCAGAUAACAUUGAUCCUGAGAAAUAUAUGAAAUCAGUCCCCCUCUUUUGAUUCAGCCCGAAGAAAUAUAUCACAAGAAUGUUGGGCAAUUACCUAACUAUGGAGGACAUAUACCAGGAGCGAUAUUCAGGUACGGUAAAACGUAUGGUAAUGACUCAAGAGAUGCCAAGCGAUGGCUUCGAGGUGAUUUUUCGACAUAACCUGCAUAACCUGUUUUCAGAGAAGUCUAUCAUUUGAGCAUUGGAAUGUUUGGAAUCAUAAAUAAAAAUUUUCUCAAAA